CUAGUAGGUAUCAGUCAAGUUCCAACGUUUGAUUUGAACAACAAUCGCUCCAACAUCCAAGAUGUUUAAGAUCAUCGCUCUGGUUGCCUGCUUUGCCGUCGCCGUAAUGGCCAUUGACGAAAUCUACAGCUAUCCAAAGUACAAAUUCGAGUACGGUGUCAAGGAUCUGCACACCCAUGACCACAAGAGCCAGUGGGAACACCGUGAUGGCGAUCAUGUCAAGGGUCAGUACACUCUGGAUGAAGCCGAUGGAACGCACCGCAUUGUUGACUACACCUCAGACCACAAAAUUGGAUUCCAGCCGCAUGUUCAGCGCAAGGGACACGCCCACCACCCCCACGGAGAAAGUUAUGCAAACAUCCACCAGCACUACUGAAACCGAUCGAAUACCAAAGAGCUAGACCAAAUUUUGAAAAUAUAGAUUCCAAUUGA